AUGCACGCAGCUUUCGUCGAAACAUUAGAUCCACCUGAUUUUAUUAUGAUGAGACACUUACUUUCAUCAACGUCAUCUACUGUGCCAACUACACCCUAUCAACAUCGAUCGAUGACUACUACUACUACUACUACUACUACUACUACUACUACUACCCGGGACAGCAUGAUUCAUACCACUGCACUCAUUUCUGCUCUAUCAAAAUCAACAUUGACUAUGAGAAAACAAAUCAUGUCAUCUACAACGAACACGACUAACACUUCAACUUUGUAUGAUCUGUCAAGUGAUCAUCAAGUGAACAAUUCAAUUGAACAGUUUUUACGUUCUACUGUGGAAUCGAUUCAACAGCCUGAAUCGUACAUUUGGCAAUACGUGCUCUAUUUCGUAUUAGUAUGCAUUCUAUUGAUUAUCUUUCGAAUAAUUACUUGUCGUUUGUGUGCCUGUUAUCGAACGCACUGUUAUGUUUACAAAUAUGACGUUAACAAAAAGCAAAAACCUCAUAUAUCUACAGAUGGUUCAACAAACGGUGAGAUAAAUAGUAAUAAUAUUAAUCUUGGAAACAAUCAUCCCUUAUCAACAGCAUCAAAGCAAACGUCGUCGCCUGUCAACACAACGAUCACAUUUCGAAGUUGA